GCCCCGCUUAAAGAUGGAGGCUUCUGCAGAUGAGGACGACACUAACACUAACACUAACACGCCCAUGAAUCCUUUCAGCCUUCAUUUUGGGCACCAUCAAAACGUCGUCGUUUCUCAAAAUGACGAUUUUAGCCCUGUCGUCAUGCCUCUGCCUCUCAAAUCCGAUACUUCCCUUUGUCUCAUGGAGGCUCUCUCCACAUCUCAUUCUCAAGUUCCUUCUCCAAAACUGGAAAACUUCCUAGGCGGCACAGCAACGACGACAAUGGCGGCUCAUUCUCAUCAUCAUCAUCAUCAGCGGGACCCACACCCACCAAUGUUCCUAAGCCUCGAUUACAACAACAAUAAUAAUAAUAAUUACGGAUAUAAUUACAAUUAUUACGGCCUUAAUUACGGGCAAAUCCUCCACGAGUUCCCCUGCCCCAAGCCGUGGAUGAUCGAGCCCGACCACGACUUCGACCCACAGUUCGCCAGCCCGGCUGUGGUCCAGAACAAGGCCCAAAACGAGGUGGGCCAAGGCCCACUUUCGUCCCUGAGCCUGUCCAUGAGCCCGGGCUCGCAGUCCAGCUGCGUCACUAACAACAAGCCCACUAAUGUCGGUGAGUGUACUGUUGUGAAAAACGUUAGUGGUGCGAAGAAAAGAGGGUUGAUGGGGCAGAGGCAAACUGUUCAUAGGAAAUCUAUUGAUACAUUUGGGCAGAGGACUUCUCAGUAUAGGGGUGUCACAAGGCAUAGGUGGACAGGUAGAUAUGAAGCUCAUUUAUGGGAUAAUAGUUCAAAGAAAGAGGGGCAGACUAGGAAAGGAAGACAAGGAGGAUAUGAUAUGGAAGACAAAGCUGCUAGAGCUUAUGAUCUUGCUGCUCUUAAAUAUUGGGGCCCAUCAACCCAUAUUAAUUUUCCGUUGGAAAACUAUCAUCAAGAACUUGAGGAGAUGAAGAGCAUGAAUCGACAAGAAUACGUUGCUCACUUGAGAAGGAGGAGUAGUGGAUUUUCAAGAGGUGCCUCAAUGUAUAGAGGUGUCACAAGGCACCAUCAGCAUGGAAGGUGGCAAGCGAGGAUCGGCCGAGUUGCCGGGAAUAAGGACCUCUACCUCGGAACUUUCAGCACGCAAGAGGAAGCAGCGGAGGCCUACGACAUAGCGGCCAUCAAAUUCCGGGGCCCAAACGCUGUUACAAAUUUCAACAUGUCUCGGUAUGACGUGGACAAGAUCAUGACGAGCAAUGCUCUGCCAGCUGGCGAGAUGGCCCGACGCAAGGACGAGAGUGAGCCCAUAAUAGUAACUUCCGAAAAUGUCGAGUCCUCACCAAAGCAGCCUAGCCCAAAAACCCUAACAACCCUAACUGACGACUUUCAGAGCCAAAUGGGCCGACACCUCUCGGACCCAUCAUCCCUGGUGACGAGCCUCAGCAGCUCGAGGGAAGCCAGUCCAGACCACAACUUGCCCGUGUUUGCGUCGUGGAGCGAUGUUGCGCUCGUGUGACGUGAUUUUAUUUCGAGCUCGAUCCUUUAUAUUUUUCCUUUUUUUUUGUAGUUUUUAAAUGAUGAAAUUAAAUGUAGGUCUUUUCUCUUCUAAGUUAUAAUCAACUUGUUGUUAUGUAUGAGUAAACCCUUAAUUAGUUCAUUUGGGAAUAUGGACAAACACUUGAUUAAAAAGGACAUUUGGUUCAAUAUUGGGAUCACAGGCUUUUUGGCAAAAAACAUUGAGGGGUCCUUGUCAUGAUUGAUUCUUUGCACAUAAUUGGAUAUGCUUUUGCUUUCUUUUAUGUAUAUAUAUAUAUAGUU